AAUAUAGUAAGCUGAUAAAGCAAAGUAACAUAGCAAAGGCGAAAGGUAGAAGAAGGAGGAAGGAACCGAAAUGCAAUGCAGCGCGAACGUUGUUCACUGUGCUUGUUCCACUUUCUCUCCUCAAACUCUCUCAACAAAAACAUUCUCUUUUCAGUUUCACCCAACUUUCAAACUUACUUCACAACAACAGCAGCAGCAGCAGCACAAAAUCACUUGCCCACAGCCACCAGAACAACGAAGAACCUGUUCUGAUGGUUAUGGAAAUUCGAAGAAGGUGAUAACGAGUGUUUCGAACCCUUUCGUGAAGCACUGCCUCAAGCUCCGCAACAGCUCUUCUUAUCGCCGCUCUCAUGGCUCCGUUCUUGUUGUGGGCUCCACACCCAUUAGAGAAAUAUACAGGUUUCAAGACUCAUUCCAAGAUGAAAAUAUAACAAUGGAAUAUUUGAUUCUUCUUGAUAAAGCUGAAAUUUCCAGUGGGUUGGAUAAAUCCGCAGCUUCUAUUGUGCAUGCAAGCCCAACGGUGAUGAAAAAAAUUUCAGGGCUGCAAUCGACUGACUCUACUGAUGCAAUUGCCAUAAUGAAGAUUCCUGCUAGAUUUUUCUAUCUAGAUGAUCAUCAAAAGAAAGAAGACUGCAAGAAGUGGUUUCUUUCUACACAUCGGAUUUUAGUUCUUGAUGGGAUUCAGGACCCUGGUAACCUCGGCACAUUACUCCGAUCAGCUGUUGCCUUUAGAUGGGACGGAGUUUUUCUUCUUCCAGGCAGCUGCGAUCCAUUCAACGAGAAAGCUCUCCGAGCUAGCCGAGGUGCAUCCUUUCAGCUCCCCAUUAUUUCCGGUAGUUGGAGUCAUCUGGAUAUUCUCAUAGAAGAAUUUCAAAUGAAGUUGCUUGCUGGGCAUCCUGAGCAUGAAGGGUUAGUCAAGCCAGUUUCUUUGCUUUCUCCAUGCUUUUGUUAUUCCUUAUUAGAUACGCCAUUGUGCCUGGUUUUAGGCAGCGAAGGAAGUGGCCUUUCGGAAAAAUCCCUGCAGGCAUGUGAGCUUGUAAGCAUUGCAAUGGCUGGAGAAUAUGAGUCACUUAAUGUUUCUGUUGCUGGUGGAAUUUUCUUGUAUAUGCUUCAGCCAAAUAAUACAUGAUCUUUCUAAUUCUAUACUAUACAGAGUCUCAUUUAAGUUUAGGAAAUACCUUAAAUGCAUUAAGUUAAACUU